UUCAUGUAAAAUAAGUAAUAAAAUAGAAUCAUUAAAGUUUAGAAAAAUAUUUUAGAUAACAAAAUCACUAAACUUUCUACACUUUUCUUUAAAUAAUUUAGAAGCUUAGUUAUGCUUCGUAACACAAUAAACAUCGUCAACUCAUAAAAAAAACAAAAAAGUGUGCAAAGCCUUGAAGGCCAACGCAAUUAUUUUUCGUUAGAUUUAAAUCAUAUUUAAUAGAGAAAGAAAACAAUGACAAUGACAAGUUCAAUGAAAUGAUGUCACAACAUUUCAAUGCAUGAGUAUAGCAAAAAAAAAAGAAGAAAACUUGCAACUGACUGACUACAAAUUCAAUGUAAAGUUUUUUUAAAACGUAAACGACCUUGGCUAUAUCAUAAUUAUAUU